AUGAAAGAUAGAAAAAUUGAUUUUUUCAAAGAAUAUAGCGAUAGUUUUUAUAAGUGUAACGACACUACAUGCAAACAACAGUAUCAUACAGAUGUAAUCAGAAGUGUUCUCUGUCAGAAAGUACUAUUUAGACGUAUAAUUCAAUCAUUCAAUCGAUAUGGCUAUCGAAUGACAUUCGUAGAGAAACCACUUGCACUCAACGAUGUACUAAGUUGGCGUUAUCACUACCACGAAAUAAAUUCCGUCGAAUGGAUGGUAGCGAACUGUCAUUUCGGUUUGUGUCUCGACAAGAUCAGACUCUGCCAGAAAAAUCAACAGCAACCGGAGGAACUGUUCUAUCCCGAUCGUAUCAACGGUGUGAUGUUGAACCGAAUCCAACAGAUGCCACUCGAGUUGUUUAGCCAUCUCAUUCAAGAGUACCGUGAUUCUCUCAUCAAGGAUCACGUCCAUUUCGUGAAAGUGGUAGAUGCAUCGAUUAGAGCGGGACGUGUCGAUCUCUUUGAACACAUGAGAAAGAACAUGUCGUUCACACUGUUCCAGGCGGUACAGACAUCGAUUGUCGAGACGGCGGUCGCUGCCAACAACUUGGAGAUCACGCGAUUCUGCUUUGACAAUUUCGACUUCUCCAAUCCGAGAAGUAGAUAUUACGCAGGAAAGAAACCGCUAUUCAGAGUAUCGGAUCGACCCACUCUGGCUAUGGUCAACUACUUUGCCAGCUCCGACAUUGUUGGACUCCCGAAAGAGCAGCUACUCGUAGAGUAUCUCGGAGAGAAGAACUACAUGGCGGCGCUACUGAGAUUCGGUGACUUGGUGUUGUAUUGUAGCUAUAUUGACUAUCUAGAUCCUCGUGUUACACUUCAUUUCGAUCCAAUGCUAUUAGAGAAUGCACUGACUGCACUCAUUAAAGACAAGGAGGUGGUAACCGGUCGUUCACACCUAGAGUUGGUUAAAUACAUAUUGCGUGAGGAACCGUCGUUGGAGUUGACAUUCGAAGAGGAGACAAUGGCACCUUUCAUCAUGGGAAUACCAGAAGAUCUACAAUAUCGUAUCUAUCUAUAUCAUGCGAAAUGCGAUCUUCUCAACAAAUACAUGGAGACAACUAGAAACAGGAAAUUAGUAGAAAGAAACACACAAGCUCUAUCAAAGAAAUACUUUAAAUAUCUAACAAUAAGAAACAAUCAACUCUUAAACAAAGAAUUGACACUAUAUAUUAUAAAGAACGACAUUAAAGCUAUAUACAGUCAUGGUUCAAUUGAACAAAUAAUAAUGGCAAAUAGUAAUAGUAAUAACGACAACGACAACAACAACAAUGAUAGUAGUGACAAUAAUAAUAUGUUGACUUCAAUUCAACUAAGUAAACAUCAUACUGUUGAAGUGUUGGAAACGAUUAAACGUUAUCAUAAUCUAAGAAACAUUAGAUUCUUGCUAAGGGAUAUCACAGAUUUCGAUAGCAAGGCAAUUACAUAUCUGGUGAUGCAACAACACAUCAUUCCAAAGACAUCGAACAAAGAUGAUAUCUCUGGUUACUUCGACCAACUCCUUCAAGUGGUUCCUGAGACAGGCGACACUACAUGCCAUUGCAAGCGGUCGAAUCGAUCUCGUUCAACUGCUAGAGACAUACAACCCGAUGACUCUCACUGUCGAUACCGACUUUGUAGCACUUGCAAUUAUGUAUGGUUACUACGACAUUGCAGAGUAUUGUACAAAGAAGCUGACGCUCCAAUCUAA